AUGGGAUUUUUGGUUAGUUGCCUUGAGGGAAGUAAAGACUUGUUAACGCAUUAUAAUGACGAAAUGCCAAGCAUAAUUGAAGCUUUAAAAUCCUCGAUAGGCAAGGGACUUGGCGUUUCGGGAUUUGCCUAUGCCAUUGGGAAGGUUAAGAGCGGGCUGCAGGAGUAUGAGAGAGGAUUAGAUGCAGAAGUUGAAAUCGUUAAAAACGCAUUUAAGCAACUUACGGAGAGCAUUAAAACCGCCAAAUCAGAAUUUAAUAACCCAAUCUUGAAGCCUCUUACUCAACAAUUGUCAGACGCUUCCACGAGGGGGAAAUUCAUUACUGCUAGAGCGAAUAAUGUCGACGAAGCCGUUAAAAAGCUCGAUGAACAUCUAAAAGGUAUGUUAACAUGUAACGUUAAAUUGCUCUUGCAGGCAGUGGAGGGUUUUCAUAGGGUGACGGAAGACGUUGAGGUGAAGCACUUUGCUCGGGCCAUGGACACCGCCCUUGUGAGUCAGAAACAAAAACUCAAUGGAACUGUUAACAUUGGCAUCACGAAUUUACAUAAGACAUUAGAUGUUGAAAUAGGAAAAGUUGGAGAUAAGAUUAAAAUUAUGGGUCAACAAAAAGAUGCGCAGUUAAACGCUGGUGACGGAAGCGAUUGA